GGGCGGGGCUCCAGGACGGCCUCAGCUGUCCCCAGCUAGGCAGCGCCCCGCGCCGCACCGUGGCAGCUCAACUUCUGCUAACUUGGAGGGGAUCUGCGGGAGCCUCCCUUCACCCCCACUUCUGGGGUUACUUCCGCAGGCCAAGUUCAGAUGGGCUUUGUCGGGUGGCCCCACUGCCUGCUCCUUCCUUAACUGGGGGCUGAUGCCGCAGAAUCCUCAGGAAAAGAGCCAGGCCUACCUCCGCCGCCGCCCUGGGAGCCACACAGGUCGUAAGAGCCCCGAGGCCGUCGCAGCUGCAACCAUGUACACCUUCUUGCCUGACAACUUCUCGCCUACCAAGCCCAAGCCGUCCAAAGAGCUGAAGCCGCUGCUGGGCUCCGCAGUGCUGGGGCUGCUGCUGGUGCUGGCCGCGGUGGUGGCCUGGUGCUACUACAGCGCCUCUCUACGCAAGGCGGAACGCCUGCGCACCGAGCUGCUGGACCUCAACCGCGGCGGCUUCUCCAUUCGCAACCAGAAGGGCGAGCAGGUCUUCCGCCUGGCCUUCCGCUCGGGCGCGUUGGACCUCGAUUCCUGCAGCCGCGACGGCGCCCGGCUUGGCUGCUCUCGCACAGCGGAUGGGCGUCCGCUGCACUUCUUCAUCCAGACUGUGCGGCCCAAGGACACGGUCAUGUGCUACCGCGUGCGCUGGGAGGAGGCGGCACCGGGGCGCGCGGUGGAGCACGCCAUGUUCCUGGGCGACGCGGGGGCGCACUGGUACGGCGGCGCGGAGAUGAAGACCCAGCACUGGCCCAUCCGCCUGGACGGCCAGCAGGAGCCUCAGCCCUUCGUCACCAGCGACGUCUACUCCUCCGACGCCGCAUUUGGAGGCAUCCUCGAGCGCUACUGGCUGUCGUCGCGCGCAGCUGCCAUCAAGGUCAACGACUCAGUGCCCUUCCACCUGGGCUGGAACAGCACGGAGCGCUCUCUGCGGCUGCAGGCCCGCUACCACGACACGCCCUACAAGCCGCCCGCCGGCCGCGCUGCUGCGCCCGAGCUCAGCUACCGCGUGUGUGUCGGCUCCGAUGUCACUUCCAUCCACAAAUAUAUGGUGCGGCGCUAUUUCAACAAGCCAUCGAGGGUGCCAGCGCCUGAGGCCUUCCGGGACCCCAUCUGGUCCACGUGGGUACUGUACGGGCGCUCGGUGGACCAGGACAAGGUGCAGCGUUUCGCUCAGCAGAUCCGCCAGCACCGCUUCAACAGCAGCCAUCUGGAAAUCGACGACAUGUACACGCCUGCCUAUGGCGACUUCGACUUCGACGAGACCAAGUUUCCCAACGCCAGCGACAUGUUCCGCCGCCUGCGCGACGCUGGCUUUCGCAUCACGCUCUGGGUGCACCCGUUUGUCAACUACAACUCAUCGUGCUUUGGCGAAGGCGUGGAGCGCGAGCUGUUUGUGCGUGAACCCACGGGCCGGCUGCCUGCUCUCGUGCGCUGGUGGAAUGGCAUCGGCGCCGUGCUCGACUUCACGCGCCCGGAGGCCCGCGACUGGUUUCAGGGGCAUCUGCGGCGACUGCGUUCGCGCUACGCCGUGGCCUCCUUCAAGUUCGACGCUGGAGAGGUCAGCUAUUUGCCGCGGGACUUCAGCACCUACAGGCCACUGUCCGACCCCAACAUAUGGAGCCGGCGCUACACAGAGAUGGCGCUGCCCUUCUUCUCACUGGCCGAGGUCCGUGUGGGCUACCAGUCACAGAACAUCUCGUGCUUCUUCCGCCUGGUGGACCGCGACUCGGUGUGGGGCUACGAUCUGGGGCUGCGCUCGCUCAUCCCCGCCGUGCUCACUGUCAGCAUGCUGGGCUACCCGUUCAUCCUGCCCGAUAUCGUGGGUGGCAACGCGGUGUCUGAGCGCACAGUGAGCGGCGGCGAUGUGCCCGAGCGCGAGCUCUACGUGCGCUGGCUGGAAGUGGCCGCCUUCAUGCCAGCUAUGCAGUUCUCCGUUCCACCCUGGCGGUACGACGCCGAAGUGGUGGCCAUCGCGCACAAGUUUACCGCACUGAGGGCCUCACUCGUGGCGCCGCUGUUGCUUGAGCUGGCUGGUGAGGUCACUGACACGGGAGACCCCAUCGUGCGCCCCCUGUGGUGGAUCGCGCCCGGCGACGAGACGGCGCACCGCAUCGACUCACAGUUCCUCAUCGGAGACACGCUGCUUGUGGCGCCGGUACUGGAGCCAGGCAAGCAGGAGCGGGACGUCUACCUGCCCGCAGGCAAGUGGCGCAGCUAUAAGGGUGAGCUUUUCGACAAGACGCCAGUGCUGCUCACGGAUUACCCCGUUGACCUGGACGAGGUCGCCUACUUCAUCUGGGCAUCCUGACCCAGCCCGGGACCCAGAAACCACACAGCCCUAACCCCAGUCUUCAUGUAGGCCUCUAACCCUGCAUCACAGCCACACCGUGUAUCCCCAGGAAGUCCCCACCUCUGUACCACCCACUAAGUGGGUACUGAAGUAAAUGUGCUGGAGCCAGCUCCUGUAGGGCCAGGGGAGAAGAUGCUGAAGCAACCUCCCACUCCAGUGCACAAUCCUAACAGCUCUCUUUCUCUCCAUACUCACUCCAGUCUACAGAAACCUCUUCCCUGGGCCGGGGGCAAGAGAGCACAGAGGAAAAAGGUCAGCUGUCUUCCUGUUAAACACGGUUGGGUUUUAAAAGCACAGAGAGAAACCUCACCCUCCAUCCUGGCCUGAGUGGCCGUCUUUGUCCUUCUGAGGUGGUGACUUGAUCCUCUUUAAGGUCCCAAAAUAGCCCCCAGCCACACUUAGAAAGGGCACAUUUUCGGUGUUGGAAGCCAGGUCCUGAGUCCCCAGCACUGGCCUGACCUGUGGCUGACCUGGCCCCACCCCAGCUGGCGAGAAGAGACAGAGGUACUUGGCCAACUGACAAGGAGGCAGGAGGUCCCCUCCCAAAGGACAGGUGGCCUAGGCUCAGCACAGAGCCAUCAUCAUUGUCCCUCAUUUGUGAAGAGCUCCUGACACCGCACUUAUGCAUCUGUGUACACACAUGGUUCAGCCCUGGCCAGGGCCACCGCCUGAUGGGCAAAGACUUGCAAGGCCAUGCAGGCCAGACCUGAUGCCUUAACUCAAGAACAUGUGUGUGUGUGUGUGUGUGUGUGUGUGUGUGUGAGAGAGAGAGAGAGAGAGAGAGAGAGAGAGAGAGAGAGAGGGAGGGAGAGAGGGAGAGAGGCACCAUAUGUCCCUGGUGCAGUACCUCCGAGGCUGCAUAAGCCUGGAAGGAGAGGCCAGGGAGCAAAUCUGAGGUUUUGAUCGUUGACUUGGUCCCUUCCUAGGUGAUGUCUCUGGGACUCUAGUAGGAAAUAAACAGUCCUUUCCAGAUUCCUCAGCUGCCUCACUCCCGGCACACGUGAGGUGUGGCUUAAAAGGGAGUGAUGUUAGGGACUGCCCUGGCAGUCCAGUGGUUAGGACUCUGUGCUUCCAUUGCAGGGGGCACAGGUUCGAUCCCUAGUCUGGGAACCCCACAAGUGGGGGGUGCAGCCAGAAAUAGAAAAAAAAAGGGGGAGGGAGCGAUGUUCUUAUUCUGGUAGUGGUGUGCUUUAGCACAAAAACUACCGCGCACAUCGACACCUACAAAUAUACAUACAGGGUAAGGUCUUUCAUUUUAGCCACUUUCCCUUUCUAAGAAAAGCAACCUCAGCCAGAGUGAGUUUCUCCUGACUUUGCAGCUGAGUCUGGGGAAGGAGUGGCUUGCCAGAUGGGGGAGGUGGGAAACAGGGCAGGGCUCAGCUUCCCUUAAUGGCUUGGACAGCAGAAUCAGUCUCUCACCCCCUAGAGAAUGCAUCUCUUUGCCCACUCCUCCACCCCCUCUAUUUUCUCAGUGUGAAGAUUGCUAUGCUAAUGAAAGUUUAGGAGCACUCACCCAUGAUUCUACCACUCAUCUGCAAGCUGUGUGGCCUUACGUAAGCUGCUUAACCUCACUGAGCCUCAGUUUCCUCAUAUGUAAAAUGGUGAUAAUAAUGCUACCUCCCAGGUUGUUAAGGGAAUUAUAAGCACAGAUUUAUAUAAGGUGCCUAGCACAAGUAGGUGCUCAAUAAAAGCUAAUAUAAUGGGGUUUUUUUUCCUUGUUUAAAAAUAACAUGGAUUUUUCCAGGCCCCAGCUCCCAGCCCAACUGGCUUCCUCUGGGCCUGCAUGUGACACCCUCUUCCCAAACCUCUGCACAUAGCACCCAGUUGAACUCUGAGUUUGUGACCCGAGGGACACUGUGAUCCAGGAGAGAGGCAAGAGAAGAGACAUCUGAAGUGGAAUGUCAGGAGCCAGGAGUCGCCAGGAGAUGGGGAGUAAAUGGAAUUAGCUUCCCUCUCCUUUUUGUCAAGAGCAUUUACUAAUCAGUAUUCAAUGAUGAGCCUCCCUGGGCCCUGGUGCACAGCCAUGGGCUGUGUGUGGAGUGACUGUAGAAGGAGGGCACCCAGGCUGGGUCCUGGAAACUUCCCUAAAUGGCUGGAGAGCAUGACUCACACUUGAAUGGCCCUCCACUUGCUAUGCAGUCUGCAGCCAGUUGACCUAACCUCUUGA